GUGCAUACAGCACCAGGCCCUGUGCACUACCCUCAAGAUCCUGUAUCCCCCAUUCCGGCGCCUGCCACCGGUGCAUGGGAUCCAAACACAACAAUGCCCAGCCCUCUGAAUAUGGUAAAUGCAGCUUCUAGCCACACAGCUCCUCUUCAGGCCCCCGCCUCAGUGCAACUACAGACACCGACAGUCAACCCGCAUGCCAUCAUGUAUCCUGGCGCUUUCUCACAUGCCAUGCCCCAGCCUCAACCCACGAACCCACUCAUGCACUCAUACCCGUCUGGCCCACCUCCAAGGACUCCUGCCAUAACCACAGCUAACCCUGGCGUCUCACAGAUGACCUAUGGCGGGUUCAUGCAGACUCAUCAGGUAAAGAAUGUCCAAGUAUUCACAGGUAACGCGGAUAGCAAGAUACUUGUCGAUGAUUGGACACGUGAUAUGCAGUAUCUUCUGGAGGCAAUAGAGUUGCCCACACAUCUCCGCUUCUCUACUGUGGUGCGACACUUGAGUGGUGAGGCCAGGAAACUGGUCCUGAACCUUCCCCCCCAUGAACAGACCCCAGAGAAGGCAUUCGAGGAAUUAAGAGCAGAGUAUGGUGACACGCAGGGCUCCUUGGAUCCACUGGCCGACUUCUAUGAGUGCAGCCAGCGGCCAGGGGAGUCUGCCUGCUCUUAUGCUAUUGUGCUGGAGUCUACAUUGCGGGCUGUGGAGGAGAACCAAAGAGGAGGCAGGCCCUUUCCUGAUCGUGAUAGUAAACUCACCCGGCAGUUUCUGAGAGGGCUUAAUGAUGAAGAGGUAUAUGCAAGGAUUGUACCAAUGAAACCCAGGCUCUUCAGCUUCAGAGAGCUGCAGGUUGAACUGCGAAAUCUAGCAAGAGAAACUAAAAAGUUCCAGUCACAACACAAAUCAAAGAAAACAUAUGCACAAGUGCAUGUUGCAUCUGAGAGUAGUGCACUCGUGAAGACGGAGAGAACAAAACAUGCCUCAGAGUUAUCAGAGCUGACGGAGAUGGUCCGAAAGUUAACCCUGAGUCAACAGGAACACAUGGCUAAGUUGUCUCACCUUGAAGCAAGAAUCACUGCUCCAGUCCCCAUCCCUCCCCCAAGACCCCAGCCACCUCCAGUGAAUCCCAUCCCCAGUGCAAGUGUCACAUGCUACCGGUGUGGGAAGCAGGGACAUAUAGCCCGUGUCUGCAGAGAAGUCUUUCCCAAUCCCAACCCAGCAUGGGCUCAACAACCUCAACCAGUGAGCCCUGCAGAGGUGAACACGCCUGGGUCAUCUCGGCCUUUAAAACGCCUAGAGCCCAUGGUAGCCGGGGAAACCAUGGGCGGGCAGCAAGGUCCCCUAUUGCAGAAAGAAGAGACCAGUGAUGGAGUAAAGGGCCCUCCCUUGGUGGGUCCCAGGAACGAGGGAGAGGUGGAAGUCAAUGGAAUAAAGUGCAGGGCCCUCAUCGACUCUGGCUCCCAAGUAACAACUGUUACUGACACAUACUGGCGUAACCACCCCAUCCUUCGAGAGCAAAAGCUGCAGUCCUCUAAAGUACCCAUAGAAGGCGCUGGAGGCCAGAAAGUGCUUCAUCGAGGUGUCCUGUGCAUCGAAUUGAAGGUAAUGGGAAAAGAGUACAAGACUGUACCAGCUUUUGUCGUUCCAGAUUCUGAAUAUCGCUCCACAGUCCCUCUGCUUGUAGGGACCAAUGUCACUCGUGCUGUCAAAAGCCAUCUCCAAGCAACCUAUGGCCAGCAGUUUCUCCACCAAGUCAAAGAAAGCCAUCCAGAGUGGUACACAGCUCUACUGGAGGUUGGAGACACCAAACAGAGUGAAGGCGAUGACACAGUGGGCCCUGUUGUGUACACCGGCCGGAAGAUCUGCAUUCCUGGAGGGAAAGAGAUGGACUUAAUGUGCAAGAUUAAAGCAGGCCCACAGAGGAAGACUUACACAGCCCUGAUUGAAGGCCACCCAUCCCUGCAGCUCCCUCAAGAUCUUUUGGUUGCAAAAGUGCUUGCUGAUGUGAAAAGAGGCUGUGCCCCAGUCAGAGUAAUGAACCUGUCCCAGCGUGCUAUUAUAAUCAAACCGCAUACACAACUAGCCAAUGCUUUCCUGGUGGACAAUGUUGUGGAGUUUCCUGAUAAAAAGCAGGGGGACGGGGAAAGUGAAGGGGACAAUGGAGCCUGUCUGAGCUUCGAUCAGGUGGUGGCGGGCUGUGCGGUGGAUCUUAGUGAAGCGGCGGUGGAGAACGAACACCAGCGCUCCCUCCUUAGGGAGCUGGUGGAGAAGAAUGCAGGUGUGUUCUCACAGAAUCCCACAGACUAUGGCCACACAAAGACUGUGCAGCAUGAAAUCCCUCUGGUUGACUCUAAGCCCUUUCGGCUUCCAUAUCGCAAGAUCCCCCCCUCCCAGUGGCAGGAUGUCAGACGAUUGUUGAGUGAGAUGGUGGAUGCAGGAGUCAUCCGGCCUAGUAAGAGCCCAUAUGCAUCACCCGUAGUGAUCGUAACUAAGAAAGAUGGGUCACUGAGGCUGUGCAUCGAUUAUAGGAAGCUCAACUCCUGCGGCACAAGAGACGCUUUCCCUCUGCCACGGAUAGAGGAGGCCCUGGAGGCUCUGGGUCAAGCAAAGUACUUCUCCACUCUCGACCUCACAUCUGGUUAUUGGCAGGUGGAAGUAGCGGAGCAGGACAGGCACAAGACGGCGUUCAGUACUCCCAUGGGGCUGUUUGAGGCUAACAGAAUGCCGUUUGGGCUACAGAACGCUCCGUCCACCUUCCAGAGACUCAUGACCUGCUGCUUUGGUGAUCUCAACUUCACUCAUCUCCUGAUUUAUCUCGAUGACCUCAUUAUAUUCUCCAAAACCUUUGAUGAGCAUCUGGAGAGAUUGCAGCUGGUGUUUGAUCGGCUUCGAGAGCAUGGCUUGAAGUUAAAGCCCUCCAAGUGCUGGCUGGUGAGGGAAGAGGUGCAGUAUUUGGGUCACUUGGUGUCUGCAGAGGGCGUCAGGACAGACCCGGAGAAGAUCAGCAGGGUCAAGGAGUGGGCGCGGCCUACCAACCGGAGAGAAGUGUUGCAGUUUUUGGGAUUUGCUGGAUACUACAGACGGUAUGUGCAGGGCUACUCCGCCUUAGCUGCUCCCUUGUACCGUCUCACCUCUGGUGACCCCAGGAAGAAAAAGAGAGGUGGAAAGAGAAGUGUGGAUCCUGACCCACCCUUCCUGUGGACUAAUGAGUGUGAGGAGGCAUUUCAGUCCCUAAAAAGAAAGCUGAUGACUGCUCCCGUACUGGGCUACCCAGACUACAGCCUGCCGUUUCUCCUUCAGACUGACGCCUCUGGGGGUGGGCUUGGCGCUGUUUUGGCACAGGUGCAGGAUGGAGCUGAGAGGGUCAUAGCCUACGCCAGCAGAGGUUUGAGCCCGGCAGAGACGAGGUAUCCUGCACACAAACUCGAGUUCCUCGCUCUAAAGUGGGCGGUGACAGAUAAGUUCUAUGACCAUCUCUACGGACGCAAGUUCUCUGUUCAGACAGACAACAACCCCCUUAAGUAUGUGAUGACCUCAGCGAAGCUGGAUGCUACGGGCCAGCGGUGGGUGUCGCGGCUGUCUGCAUUCGACUUCGACAUCCAAUACAGACGGGGGCAGAGUAACUCAAAUGCCGAUGCUCUCUCUCGUUUGUCCACUCAGGAAGUAACCCAGGUCCUACAAACUUGCCCCCAGCGGGUGACCAGCGAGCAGUGGGAGACACAAACCAUGCCAGAACCAGAAAGCCCUCCAGGUGAGGGUGCUGCUGCCUCCACAGAGCCUGUACCCAGCCAACUCCCAGAAGCAAGUGAGCCCUAUGGGGACGUGGGGACAGAGUCACUCCCUGCCAUGACAAGGCAGGAGAUCCGCACAGCGCAGAAGGGAGACCCUGUGAUUGGCCCAGUCUUGCACUUCAGGAGCCGGAACCAAAAACCAUGCCGCAGCGAGAGGGUCGGAGGGGGUGAGCAAGUGUGCCUUCUCUUAAAGGAGUGGAGGAGGCUAACGGUAAAGGAUGGAAUCAUGUACCGCUGCAUUCAAGACUGUCAGAGAGGGGCAGUGGAGCAGCUUCUGCUCCCAGAGAAUCUCCGCACAGCAGUCAAGACUGCUCUUCAUGAUGACUCAGGGCACUUGGGAUUUGAGAGGACAUUGCAGAUGAUAAGAGAAAGAUUUUACUGGCCAAGAAUGUUCCAGGAAAUCAAGGCGUGGUGUGAACAGUGUGAGAGAUGCUGUCUCAGAAAGACUCCUACUGCAAAUCUCAGAGCUCCCCUGGUCAGCAUCCACAGUAGCACACCGAUGGAGCUUGUUUGUGUGGACUUUUUGACCCUGGAGAAAUCCAAAGGUGGUAUUGAAAAUGUGCUAAUUGUGACAGACCACUUCUCCCGCUAUGCACAAGCCUACCCCACCAAAGAUCAAAAAGCACGCACAGUUGCUAAGGUGCUAUGGAGAAACUAUUUCUGCAGGUUUGGCUUCCCAGCAAAAUUGCAUGCAGACCAAGGGCGCAAUUUUGAAAGUGCUGUUGUGAAAGAGCUGUGCAAGUGUACUGGCAUCACUAAGACACACACCACACCAUACCACCCCCAGGGUAACGGGACCACGGAAAGGUUCAAUAGGACCCUGUUAAACAUGCUGGGGACGUUAGAGCCUCACUUGAAGCCCCGCUGGCAUGAGCAUUUGGAUGCUAUGACACAUGCAUACAACUGCACACGGCAUGACUCGACUGGGUUUACACCACAUUACCUGAUGUUCGGUAGACAUCCCAGACUCCCAGUUGACCUGAUUUUUGGGCUCCCCACCAAGAAUGAGCCAGUUGAGCAGGGCGGAGGAGCAGUGGGAGAGGAGGCUUUGGAUGUGAGAGAGGCCGGCACUGAGUCGGAUACAGCUGAGGACUGGAUGACGGAGGAUGCAGAGGAAAAUGUGGGGAGAACACGAGCUGGGAGAACAAACAGACAGGAUGAGCACACAAGCACAGAGAACAUGGACAUGGAUGCAGGACAAAUGAGUGGAGGGGAGACAAGUGGAGCUGUAGUUGGUGACAACACCCCUCAGGGUCCCAGUUUCCCUAGGAGAAACCCACCAAGGAAUCGACGUCUCCCACAGAAACUAAGCUGUGAGGCCCAAGUCAUAAAGUCAGAGGGUGACCAGGAGAAGAUCAGAAGAGGAUGGAAGUUGUGGCAGAGGGUUAAAGCAAGACGAGCAGCAGGCCACGUGUAACACAGCAGUUGUAGUACUGAGUAUCUGAGUGGUAGUUACAUACGCAGUCAUGACACAACCCAAUCAUUUAUUCACCACACAUGUAUUACCUCUAAUGAAUUUUUCAUUGUUUGAGCGCCACACGUUAAGUGGGUGGUCUUUGUUCUGUUUAUAUUUACAUGUUUGGUUUCAUCUGAUGGCUGGGACGCCAUCAAUUAAAGAAGGGGCGGAUGUAAGGUAGUGACCUGUUUGCGCCACAGGGUGGCACUGUGGCGCUGUUGACGCAAGUUUCUGAGGUUUGCUCCGGGAGGGACGCCAUGUUUUUUUUAGUGUAUCUGCCUGUGUUCUGGAAGGUAAGCGUGGUCAUAGCGUCCCGCAUUAUCAAAUGUUAUGUUAGAACCGAUUCCUUUUUUUGUUGGUUUGCUCACGUUUAUUGUUCAGUCACAUGUCCGACUAAAGUCCGCUGUUGUUAUUAACAUUGUGUUUGACUGUUUGACGUCUUAAUCGUGUGGUGAGUGGGUGGCUAGCAUGCUACUGGGGCCUGUGUGAGCAGGGCGGGAAUGUGUGUCUUGUGUUGGCGGUUUAACAGUGAUGUUUAUUUUUUAUUUUGUGAUAUAUGUUGUUGUUGUUUUUUUUUAAGUUGAUUAUUGUUUAAGAAGAUUUAUUGAGAGUGUAUCUGCCUGUGUUCUGGAAGGUGUCCAUGAAGUCUGGUGGAACAAAGAAUAAAAAAAGGUCUCAGCCACAAUCCGAA